AUCUUGUUGUCUAUCUGUCUCCCAGGUAAUGGAGACUGCUCUCCCAGGAAGACAGAGAACUCUAGAUUGUUGGUGGAUCUGUCUGCAAACACACCCAACGCACAGCAGCCCAAGGGUCCUUAUUCACCCACUGGUGAGUGGUUACACAUUCACACACACACACACACACACACACACACACACACACACACACACACGCGUCAAGAGGAAUCAGUUUGAGAAACAGUUUAUUUUCUUUUAUCAAAGGGUCAUCAAAAACUCAUUUCUUAUCUGAAGGGUCUUGCAUAGUUCCCUUCCCUUAAAUGAACAAAAAUAGGAAGAGCUGAAACAUGGUGCCAUUUUUCUGAUUGUCUUCAGACAUGUCACCAUGAGGUGGCUGAACCAGAAAAGGGAAGUUACUUCCCGCAGCAUCCCCCAGUAUUAGUAGACUGGUCCCAGAUCUGUGUGUGCUGUCAGAGGGAGAGAGACUCUCACAUAUACAUCUUGUGUCAUCCCAACCCAGAGGUUUCCUAACACCACUCUACCAUGACACCGCUUUUGUAACACAACACUGACUGACACUGAAUUCCUCUUGAAAUUAAGCAGUUGUGUCAGUGUGUACAAAACAAAAAAACAUGUUUGUCUAUACACUUAUGUUUAGAAUCAAACUAUUAGUAUGGUAUAACAUUUUAAAGUAUUUUUUCAUUCACUUCAGCAAAAUACCUCUACAGUUCCACUAGCAAAAUACCUUAUGGGUGGCUCUUCUUGACCCUCUUGAUCUCUGACCCUUGAGUAAUGUAAACAAUGAGGUGUUCAAUACACAGCCAGGUAUGGGACAGGUAUCCUUGCUCAGAUUAGCUUAUGAUAGCACUUUUCACUUAGCUUGGAAACCUAAUGUAGUUUAUCCUCCUUGGUAGUUUGACCCAUCAGUUUCUUUCUUCAUAUUUUAUUUAUCUGGGUUCUAUAAUAUGCUGUUGUCCCAGCAACCAUCUCAAGUUCAGCCAGCUUCGACAGAGAGUGGAGAGCUCUUCAUGUGAAUACCCCACUUCCAAUACCCCUCAAUCUGCUAGCUCCAUGUUGGCAGAAUACAGCUCUGGAGGAUAAAUUCAAUGUCAUGCUGUUAGUAAAAGAGGAUCUCUUUCAGUUUACACAAGGCUAAGAGAUAAAAGGGGAAAUAUAUCUUAAGAAAAUACUGGCAUGUAGUUGCAGAGAUUGCCAUGUCAUUGCUGACAAUAGCAGGACUCCAGAAUUAUAUUUAGUCUAUGUUGUGAGAUAAAUGGAUGUAGUCAACCCUAUCACCUCAGUGGAGUGGAUAGUGUGACAUAGUGUCAACCCCAUAGCAAUCACCAUGACUUAGUGUCAACCCUAUAGCAAUCACCAUGACUUAGUGUCAACCCUAUAGCAAUCCCCAUGACUUAGUGUAAACCCUAUAGCAAUCACCAUGACUUAGUGUCAACCUUAUAGCAAUCACCACAGUGGAUGUUGUUGUCAUCCCUAAAGCAAUCAGCACACACAGUCAACUCUAGCAAUCACCACGCUCCACUUGCAUAUAAAAAUAAUAUUUGAUGAAAUAUUGAAUUUGGCCUUACUGCUAUUAGCUCAUAGAAAUGAAUUGAAUAACAGAUUCAUACCUGGAAAAACAGAUAGUAAAAAUAAAAUGCUAAAGGAAGUUUGUAUCUGAGAGAUAUAGGAAAGAUCAGGAAAAAUUAUUUACAGUACCAGUCAAAAGUUUGGACCAAACCUAUCAUUUUGAACGUUGUUCUUUAUUUUUACUUUUCUACAGUGUAGAAUAAAAGUGAAGACAUCACUAUGAAAUUACACAUAGGAAUCCUAAUUACCAAAAAAGGUUUUAAACAAAUCAAAAAUAGUUUUCUAUUGAGAUUCCUUCAAAUAGCCACCCUUGCCUUGAUGACAACAUGACACGCUAUUGGCAUUCUCUGAAACAAGCUUAACGAGGACGGCUUUCAACAGUGCUUUGAAGGAGUUCCCACAUAUGCUGAGCACUUGUUGGCUGCUAUUUCUUCACUCUGCAGUUCAACUCAUACCAAACCAUCUCAAUUCAAAUCAAAUCAAAUCAAAUUGUAUUGGCAACAUGCGCCGAAAGAAAAAAAGAGCAGAAGUAAAAUAAAAUAACAGUAGGGAGGCUAUAUAUACAGGGGGGUACCGGUGCAGAGUCAAUGUGCGGGGGCACCGGCUAGUUGAGGUAGUUGAAGUAAUAUGUACAUGUGGGUAGAGUUAAAGUGACUAUGCAUAAAUAAUUAACAGAGUAGCAGCAGCGUAAAAAGAUGGGGUGGGGGGGGCAGUGCAAAUAGUCCGGGUAGCCAUGAUUAGCUGUUCAGGAGUCUUAUGACUUUGGGUAGAAGCUGUGUUUGAAGUCUUUUGAACCUAGACUUGGAACUCCGGUACCGCUUGCCGUGCGGUAGCAGAGAGAACAGUCUAUGACUAGGGUGGCUGGAGUCUUUGACAAUUUUGAGGGCCUUCCUCUGACACUGCCUGGUAUAGAGGUCCUGGAUGGCAGGAAGCUUGGCCCCAGUGAUGUACUGGGCCGUACGCACUACCCUCUGUAGUGCCUUGCGGUCGGAGGCCAAGCAGUUGCCAUUACCAGGCAGUGAUGCAACCAGUCAGGAUGCUCUUGAUGGUGCAGCUGUGUAAUUUUUUGAGGAUCUGAGGACCCAUGCCAAAUCUUUUCAGUCUCCUGAGGGGGAAUAGGCUUUGUCGUGCCCUCUUCACGACUGUCUUGGUGUGUUUGGACCAUGAUAGUUCGUUGGUGAUGUGGACACCAAGGAACUUGAAGCUCUCAACCUGUUCCACUACAGCCCCGUCGAUAAGAAUGGGGGCGUGCUCAGUCCUCUUUUUUUCCUGUAGUCCACAAUCAUCUCCUUUGUCUUGGUCACGUUGAGGGAGAGGUUGUUAUCCUGGCACCACACGGCCAGGUCUCUGACCUCCUCCCUAUAGGCUGUCUCAUCGUUGUCGGUGAUCAGGCCUACCACUGUUGUGUCGUCGGCAAACUUAAUGAUGGUGUUGGAGUCGUGCCUGGCCAUGCAGUCAUGGGUGAACAGGGAGUACAGGAGGGCACUGAGCACGCACCCCUGAGGGGCCCACGUGUUGAGGAUCAGCAUGGCGGAUGUGUUGUUACCUACCCUUACCACCUGGGGGCGGUCCGUCAGGAUGUCCAGGAUCCAGUUGCAGAGGGAGGUGUUUAGUCCCAGGGUCCUUAGCUUAGUGAUGAGCUUUGAGGGCACUAUGAUGUUGAAUGCUGAGCUGUAGUCAAUGAAUAGCAUCCUCACGUAGGUGUUCUUCUUGUCCAGGUGGGAAAGGGCAGUGUGGAGUGCAAUAGAGAUUGCAUCAUCUGUGGAUCUGUUGGGGCUCUAUGCAAAUAGGAGUGGGUCUAUGGUUUCUGGGAUAAUGUUGUUGAUGUGAGCCAUGACCAGCCUUUCAAAGCACUUCAUGGCUACAGACGUCAGUGAUACGGGUCGGUAGUCAUUUAGGCAGGUUAUCUUAGAGUCCUUGGGCACGGGGACUAUGGUGGUCUGCUUGAAACAUGUUGGUAUUACAGACUCAGUCAGGGUUGAGGUCAGGGGAUUGUGGAGGCCAGGUCAUCUGAAACAGCACUCCAUCCCUCUCCUUCUUGGUCAAAUAGCCCUUACACAGCCUGGAGGUGUGUUUUGGGUCAUCGUCCCAUUGAAAAACAAAUGAUAGUCCCACUAAGUGCAAACCAGAUGGGAUGGCGUAUCGCUGCAGAAUGCUGUGGUAGCCAUGCUGGUUAAGUGUGCCUUGAAUUCUAAAUAAAUCACUGACAGUGUCACCAGCAAUGCACCCCCACACCAUCACACCUCCUCCUCCAUGCUUCACGGUGGGAACCACACAUGCGGAGUUCAUAUGUUCACCUACUUUGCGUCUCACAAAGACACGAUGGUUGGAACCAAAAAUCGCAGAUUUGGACUCAUCAGACCAAAGCACAAAUUUCCACCGGUCUAAUGUCCAUUGCUCGUGUUUCUUGGCCCAAGCAAGUCUCUUCUUAUUAUUGGUGUCCUUUAGUAGUGAUUUCUUUGCAGCAAUUCGACCAUGAAGGCCUGAUUCACACGGUCUCCUCUGAACAGUUGAUGUUGAGAUGUGUCUGUUACUUGAACUGUGAAGCAUUUAUUUGGGCUGCAAUUUCUGAGGCUGCUAAAUCUAAUGAACUUAUCCUCUGCAGCAGAGGUAACUCUGGGUCUUCCAUUCCUGUGACGGUCCUCAUGAGAGCCAGUUUCAUCAUGGCGCUUUAUGGUUUUUGUGACUACACUUGAGGAAACUUUAAAAGUUCUUGAAAUGUUCCGUAUUGACUGACCUUCAUGUCUUAAAGUAAUGAUGGACUGUCAUUUCUCUUUGCUUAUUUGAGCUGUUCUUGCCAUAAUAUGGACUUGGUCUUUUACCACAUAGGGCUAUCUUCUGUAUACCCCCCUACCUUGUCACAACACAACUGAUUGGCUCAAACGCAUUAAGAAGGAAAGAAAUUCCACAAAUUAACUUUUAAGAAGGCACACCUGUUAAUUGAAAUGCAUUCCAGGUGACUACCUCAUGAAGCUAGUUGAGAGAAUGCCAAGAGUGUGCAAAGCUGUCAUCAAGGAAAGGGUGGCUAUUUGAAGAAUCUGAAAUAUAACAUAUAUUUUUAUUUGUUUAACACUUUUUUGGUUACUACAUGAUUUCAUAUGUGUUAUUUCAUAGUUUUGAUGUUUUCACUAUUAUUCUACAAUGUAGAAAAUAGUAAAAAUAAAUAAAAACCCUGGAAUGAGUAGGUGUGUCCAAACUUUUGACUGGUGCUGUAUAUAUAUUUGACACAUGUGUAACCCUUUUUUUAGGCACCAACAUUUUAACUGGUACUAGGCUACCUUCAGACAAGUCUUGGGAAGCUUGUGGGUGUCCUAGAGAAAGACAUGUACGUGUUCAUGAGAGUCUCACCUUUCCAUAGAGGGGUCAUAUUAAUGUGUAGCCUAAACUGUUUGGAUGUUACAGACAGAAGAUCGGCGGUACCGACUUCAGACGAGUCCCGUGACGCUUGUGGGGGUCGUAAAGCAAAACGUAGAACACCAUCGUGAGAGUCUAAUCUUUCCAUAGAGGGGUAAUACUAGUUUGUAAGCCAUUCGGAAUCUACAGACGUUUUCGUGAGAAGACCGAUUUUCAGGAUGUCUCAUGGUCUGACAAACACCGCUGUAGCUCUGACACCUUUCAUUGCAGAUGCGGAUGGCUGACAUCGGCGGAUGCGGUGGAUUGAGACGCAGCCCAUGCAAAAAAGAUAUCUCUAUCUUAAACAGACAGAUUUUUAUGGGGAUUUGUCUAUUGUGCUAUAAAAUGUCAGCGGGGCCGUGGAUAUCGACUCUAUUUAAACAUAGGCCUUAGCUUUGCUAGAACGCCUAUGGGGUUGAGCUAUAUCAGCUGAUCAUCCCGAAUGUAGGCUAGAUGACUCAGCUAGCUAGUUAGCUAGGCUAUGCUGUCAAAACAAGCUAACUAGUCUUUACUUGAUUUGAAUUUGUUCUGCUACUGACAAAGAGUCAGAAUGCAGGGUCCCCCAUCCCUGUCCCUGACCCUGAGACAACACAUGCUAGCAACUCCAAAUGAACCUACUACUGGCUGUAUUCAUUUGAAACUCAUCGCUAGUGUAUGGCCGGACGAGUGCAGCAGCACACUAGUGCUCACGGUGGCAGAAGGGCGGAAGAGAGGACUUUUUUCAAGAUUCAUGAGUUUAUGAAAUUAUAUAGUUUGAUGGGCAAUUCAUUGCAUUUAAAGUUAGAGAGAAAAGAGACAAAAGUAUUAAAUAAAAUGGAAUUCUUUUUGAAAAUAUUCCACCAAUCAAAAGGGCACUUUUUUUCAUAGGAGGGCAAGGGGGCAGGUGCUCCAGCACACCUACGGCUCUAUCUGUGCAAGUGCCUGGUCCAGUAUGAAGGAAGACUUCCAGUCUUUGCGCUAAGCUAGUUAGCAUUGGCUCGCAAAACGACCUCUAACUUCCUUCAUACUGGAUGCAAACAUAAGAAUGGUAUUCACGAGUUCAUCUGACUCUCAGGACGUAGAAACUGUAAGUGGCUUAAUUGCCAAAAUCCCCUUUAAUGGAGCCUAGGAGCCUGAAGGGACCCAGUUAGGGGAUGGAUGAUAUGGAUGUGAGAGGUUUGGGUUUAUUGCUCCGGCUCCUUCCGUACCCACACCAUGAUUAUGGUCUCAGUCACAAAUCACAAACAGGCUUGUCUGGAUGGUUAAGAUUAUCGUCCGUAUCAGGUUUUCCUUCAGGCUACUGUGAAGGAAUGCAAUAAGUCUUCUUUUCACGGCACAAUGCCUCUGACCUUGAAUGACCUAAAAACUUGUAUGUACUGUAUAUGCUGUAAUGAAUAUGCUGUAUGUAUACGCAGUACAGGACAAUUUUUUAUUCUAUUGUUCUUAUUUUAAAUUUGUGUUUCUGUUCUUGUCUAAUAGUGUUAUGUAUUUUGUCAUGCUUUAUGUUUUGUGUGGACCCCAGGAAAAGUACAGUAGCUGCUGCUUCUGCAACAGCUAAUGGGGAUCCUAUAAAAUACCAAAUACCAAACAUUCAAGCGUAAGGUCCCUACGUAUAUGCUAAGCAUAGCAUAAUCUUAAAGCUGCAAUAUGUAACUUUGUGGGCGACCCGACCAAAUUCACAUAGAAAUGUAAGUUAUAGAUCUGUCAUUCUCAUUGAACAUAAGUCUAAGAAGUGGUAGAUAUGUUCUAAUUUAUGUGUGCUGUUUCUAUGCUUCCCGGUCUUAAGUUUUGUUUUUGUGUCUUUUACUUUCGGCUUUAAACAGCUGAAAAUACAAUAUUUUUGGUUAUUGAAAAUAUAUUUUAGAUGGUACAUUUUCUGCAUAUUGCACCUUCAACAGUUGUGUGGGAAAGGACGAUCUCUAAAUAUUAUUCUGUGGCUAUGUGUGUGUGUCCCUAGUGACUCAAGAGUCAAAAGUUACUUAAGCCAGACUGGAGGAAUAUGAAUCUGGGCCAUAUUUGUGUGUCUGUGUGUCAGCCUCCCUAUAACGUCGGAUGAGGGAUACUGAGAGUCUAGUGGCCAACCCAGUAGAGUUGAGGCGUUCGUGCCUUUAGUCAGCCAGAGUCUCCCCCCAUCCAGCCAGCCAGCCAGUCUCCCAGCGCCAGUCAAGUCGAAACCCACAUGGACUUUUCUCCACAUAACUACUUUACUGUGUAAAUUCCAAAAGUCUCAGGUUUAAAAAAGAUAGCAGUAAUAAUUGCAUACAAUUCCAAGAAUGUACCAAUAACUAACCAUUGUUAGUCAGAUGUGGAGAGUCCCUGCCUCUAGGAUUUAGCAUUAACUUUGGCAAUUUAUGUUGAGCAUCAUUAUAUUACUUGCUUCUCCAGGGGAAAUAACAUGCAACAUUACCUUGUUCCAAUCAAUGGAGGUAUACAUUAAAAGAGAAACAGAUUUACAAGGUUUAGAGCCACUGCACCUCUUACUGGAAGAACAAGGAUCACCCACUAAAACCAUGUCAUGUGAUUGUCAUGUAUUGUCUGAAAAACAGUAAUUUGAUUGGUCAUACCUGUCUCUUCCAGAAAACACCAUCAAACAAGAAGAAGAGCCAGAAGAUGAAGGGCACAGGAGGACCACAGCAGAGGAUAUAGGACAAAGCGGGGAAGAGGAAUCGGGAUUGGAAGAGCCCAUGAUUGACAGCCCAAACAACCUACAGGAUGGGGUCCCUGGGUCAGAUGGGUCAUGUGACCCAGGAACUCGGCUGCCCAAUGGUAAAUGUUUCUCUAAAGUGGUUUCCCCUUAUGUCCCUUAUGGCCCAAACCUAAUGUACUUUAAAUUGAACAACAAUGACUCAAUAAUCUGUGAUGUAUCUAAGGAAUGUCAAUGUUUUACCAUUAACAUCUAACAAUCUGCAAAAACCCAUUAGUUAUACGUUAAUAAAUGAUGGAUAAAUGAUACUUCACGUGGUAGCUCCCUAUGAGAUAUGUAUUUUACAGACUAAAGCAAUUGUACGUCUCUCAUCCUAUGAUUAAAAAAAAGAAAAAAUUGUGUGAGUCAGAAAUUGUUUCUACGGGUGUGGAGGUGGAGAGCUUUGCUGUUUUGUACAAUACAAUAGUUUAGCCUUGGAAUCAUUUCCAUGGAAAACAUCCCAGGAAUCCUCCACAACCUGUUCCCUAGCCCUUAACUGACGCUAUUAUUGUGUCUCGGCCUUCACAGAUUUAGGAUCACAUUUCACUUUUUCAAAUGUUCAGCUGCAGAUCAAGAGACGAUCAUCAAGAUGUUGAUGAGAUUACUAUAGUUUACUGGUGAACCGGGCAAACUUUUUGCAUAGAUACAGACAAACAUACUUCCAUGGUAAAGCUGGAAUUAAAGAUGUCCAGUAUUUUUACGCAAUGGAAGAUUUUAAGACACACUGUAAGACUGUCUAAGUCUUAACCAUUUACUAUCUGAAGAGACUUUGACAGGCACACUAAGCCUUAUUAACUUAUACCAACUUAGUGGUGUUGGUGGUGGUGGUGUUUGUGUAUGUGUGUGUAGAAGGUCUACAGCCCUACCAGGGGCCUGAUAAAAACUCACUGUAUUUCUACACCUACUGUGUGGUGAGAAGAGACCCAGAGCAGAGCUAUUAGGGUGGAGAUCUAACACCUCAUCUCACCACACUCCAGACACUAUUACUGUAGAUAUACAAUAAAUGGCUCUGUAGUGACAACUGUAGGUUGUAGUUCAAAUGUAUCAAUUGUACACAGCACACAUCAGACACCACACGUUAGUGUUUUUCUACCCACUGACAAUCCUCCUAGAAAUAUAUUCUCUGCAUUACUUGAGAUGUUACAACGUUCUCAGCUAAGGCGUGUUGCUUGUCUUUACCAAUCUAACCAUGUUUUACCAUUGCAAUGUGUUGAUUGCUGUUGAGUAGCUGCGAACCUCCAUUUCCGUCUUUCUCAAGUAUUUUCGGUCCACUAGCCGAGUGAAAUCGAGACUUGUGGCAACUCAAGACUAGGUAGCAAGAGUAGGUAGCUGGUGGGUAUUGUGUGUUGCUGAUCUGGCUGUAUGUAAAAGGGGGAGGGAGAGAUGAGAGCCUGCAUUUCCUGUGCCCCUUCGAGUGGUACCCCGUUCCAGUUUAACACUUCCUGUGCCCCUCUCAGGUGAUAGGCCAUUCCAGUGUAACCAGUGUGGCAUGUCGUUCACUCAGAAGGGCAACCUGUUGAGACACAUCAAGCUGCACACGGGGGAGAAGCCCUUCAAAUGCCCCUUCUGCAGCUAUGCCUGCCGCCGUCGUGACGCACUUGCAGGCCACCUACGCACACACUCAGGUCAGCCCCUCUGCGUCCUCUCUUCUUUCGUUUCUUCCUCUAUGUUCCUAUUUUUUCUCCUUGUCUUCCUAUUCCCUUUGUCUUGGGUCUAUGCUUCCUUUAACUUUUUUAUUACUGUGGUUACUCCUGAGUAUUUAUCCUGGUUUCAAUAACUUCUCAAAUAGUCCAUACUAUGUUGAUGCUAUAGAACAGGCCUAUCUCGUUGUAACUUAAAGCAUGAUCUGGUCUGGCCUGUGUCUAAAUUUGUGUGAGACAGAUUAGCAACAGUCCCCACAAAUAUCUAACCCUGACAGGGUUUCGUAUUGUUGGAUGGAUGCAUCUCUCUGGGGAUUUUUGUGCAGACAGAUGAGGGCUGUGGUUAGGCACCCAGGACAUGCUGUUCCUAUAACCUGCUCAGCUCACGUCUCCUCAGAAAGGAACUCUCUCUGUUCUCUGUAGAUAUACAGUAUGGGUAGACCAGAGAAACACUGCGCUGUGUUGCUCUAACUGUAACCCACUUUCCUAUCUCUGCAUCAUAUGCCUCUGUCUCUGUGUUCUCCCCUGCCUCUUCUUUGAGAUCUGGGACACACGACAGUAUACCCUAAUCUCUAGUGUUGUCCUCUUAGAAGUAUUCACAUGUACAGUGCAUUCGGAAAGUAUUCAGACCCCUUGACUUUUUCCACAUUUUGUUACGUUACGGCCUUAUUCUAAAAUAGAUUACAUCAUUUUUUCCCCUCAUCAAUCUACACACAAUAGCCCAUAAUUACAAAGUGAAAACAGGUUUUAGACAUUUUUGCAAAUGUAUGAAAAAAAAAAACGGAAAUAUGACAUUUACAUAAGUAUUCAGACCCUUUACUCAGUACUUUGUUGAAGCACCUUGGGCAGCGAUUACAGCCUUGAGUUUUCUUGGGUAUGACGCUUCAAGCUUGGCACACCUGUAUUUGGGGAGUUUCUCCAAUUCUUCUCUGCAGAUCCUCUCAAGCUCUCUCAGGUUGGAUGGGGAGCGUCACUGCACAGCUAUUUUCAGGUCUCUCCAGAGAUGUUCGAUUGGGUUCAAGUCCGGGCUCUGGCUGGGCCACUCAAGGACAUUCAGAGACUUGUCCCAAAGCCACUCCUGCAUUGUCUUGGCUAUGGGCUUAGGGUCGUUGUCCUGUUGGAAUGCUGUAGCUACCCAUUACCAGUGGGUCUUUCUCUCUGGGCUCUAUGUUCGGCUGGUAUUACACACGCUCUUUGGCAAUUUCGACUUGUAAAAGCCAGCACUCUGCUAUUUUCUAACACUGGCACCAGGGUUGGUAACUUAGCUGUCUUAUAUCAGCUCGCUUGUUCUGAGGUGGCAGGGUUCGGCUGUUCCCAUAGGAGAACCCUUUUUAGUUCCAUGUAGCACCCUCUGUGUAAAGGGUUCUACAUUGAACCAAAAACGGUUAUACCUGGAACCAAAACGUUUCUUCCUGGAACUAAAACGUUUUCUUCAAAAACCCUUUUAGGUUCUAGAUGGCACCUUUUUUUCUAAGGGUGUAGUUACUCCACAAUACUAACCUAAUUGACAGAGUGAAAAGAAGGACGCCUGUACAGAAUAAAAAAUAUUCCAAAACAUGCAUCCUGUUUGCAACAAGGCACAAAAGUAAUACUACAAAAAAUGUGGCAAAGAAAUGCACUUUUUGUCCUGAAUACAAAGUGUUAUGUGUGGGGUAUAUCCAAUACAACACAUUACUGAGUACCACUCUCCAUAUUUUCAAGCAUAGUGUUGGCUGAAUCAUGUUAUGGGUAUGCUUGUAAUCAUUAAAGACUGGGGAGUUUUUCAGGAUAAAAAAGAAACGGAAUGGAGAUAAGCACAGGCAAAAUCCUAGAGGAAAACCUGGUUCAGUCUGCUUUCAACCAGACACUAGGAGAUUCAUUCACCUUUCAGCAGGACAAUAACCUAAAACAUAAUGCCAAAUCUACACUAGAGUUGAAUACCAAGAAGACAGUGAGUGUUCCUGAGUAGCCGAGUUACAGUUUUGACUUAAAUCUACUUGAAAAUCUAUGGCAAGACCAAUUUGACAGAGCUGGAAGGAUUUUGAAAAUAAUAAUGGGCAAAUGUUGCACAGUCCAGGUAUGGAAAGCUCAGAGACUUACCCAGAAAGACCCACAGCUGUAAUCGCUGCCAAAGGUGCUUCUACAAAGUAUUUACUUUGACAUUAUGGGGUAUUGUGUGUAGGCCAGUGAAACAAAAUCUAAAUCGAAUCCAUUUUAAAUUCAGGCUGUAACUCAACAAAUUGUGGAAAAAGUCAAGGGGUGUAAAUACUUUCUGAAGGCACUGUACAUGGCUCGAAUGCAAUGCUAUUUCGUCUGCUAUUUCUGGAGAAGUGCAAAUAUGAUCUGUGAGAUGGUUCCAUGAUGUUUAUAAAACAUUCAUUUGGGAGCAUUAUAACGGUGAGUGGACAAUCUCCCUUUCUCUUUAUAUUUGGAUCUUUGUCCAGCUCCUGUGAAAAGUUUGGAUGUGCGUAAAACCAGCCAUAGUCUAAGUUGCCUAGUCUGUGUUCAACAUAUUUAGUAUGUUUAACAUAUUUAGCAAAUAUGGGUCAGGCUAUUUAACGAACUGGGCUAUAACGGACUAACAUUCGAAUUGGAGUUGAUUACAAUGCAAUACAUGAAAGACCGUAAAUAGACAACUUGAAGCAACCACAUAUUUAACCACGGAGCAUGUUCUAAUUGGCCAGUGAGGUGUCAACCCUCGACACACCCACAACGUUUUUAUUCAUCAAAACCCAGCCCAUUCGUGCCAUCACCAACUACUGCGCACAUAAUUCUGGUUGUGAAAAUAGAAAAAAUAUUUCUGACACAAUCCCGAACCUAUAGCGCUACCAGAUUUACCAUUGCGUUAAGUUUGUUAAAAUAGAGCCCUCUGUGUCGCUCUCUCUUUUUCUGUCAUGCUUUCUCACACACUCUCUCCAUGUCUCUUUCUUUCUCUUUUGACCUUUUUCUCAUUUUCACUUCCUGUUUUGUUAGGCUAAAUUAAUUCUUCACCCUCCUCAAGUCAGUGUAGGCGGCACAUUUAGGUGUACUGUAGUUCCCUAUGCAGUGCUGUAGUAUGUGGUAGUGCUGCAUGAAUCCCCUCUACCCCUCAGCCUGCCUACUACACUACCUGAGGGUUGAAUGGAAUGUUAGGAACUCUUCUGUGGCAUAGGGAGUAGGUUGGCAUGGCGUUCUCUAGAUAAAGGCCUCUUCUGCUUUCUCCUCUCUCUCUCUCUCUCUCCCUCUCUCUCCCUGCCCCCAGUGACGAGAGAGGGAGGUUAGGUGUGGAGAGAUAGAUUGAGUGGGGAGAGAGACAGAGAAACAGAGAGAGAGAGACAGCGACAGGUGAACGCUUUCAUGUAUUGCACAAUCCGAUGUGCAAGACAAGAAUAUACUUUUCCGUGUCACUGUCAAGACACAGAGUGGCACUACAUGGACUGUGUUGUAUCUAAACCCAUCCCCAAACACAUUGUUAAAUGUGAAUCAAAUAAUUAUUUGAAUUGCUAUGCAAAUGUGUGCAAAUGGUUAAUCUUGAAGGUGUUUAAGGUGCAACAUUAGGAGUGAUAGGCUCACUCAUUUUUUUACAUUACAUGAGACAACAAUACGUUUCUGAGAUAGGUUCCUGUUUAUCACCCAACUGGAUGCAGCCAACUGUGUCUGAAGGCAGAGAGAGAUGAGGCUAUUUGCAUGUUCAAGAAUAGCUGCUGAAAGUGGGAUUUUUGUGAUACAUCCAAAAUCAGCAAAAGGCCAGAGGUUUUGCUAAUGAGUAAUAUAAUAAAAUGUGUGUGUGUGUGUAUGUGUGUGUGUGUGUGUGUGUGUGUGUGUGUGUGUGUGUGUGUGUGUGUGUGUGUGUUUGUGUGUUGCCUAUUCCAAUAUGAAAGUGUGACUGCCCAAUCCGGCUGGCUACAGUUAGCAGGUGCUGUGGCUGAGAUCAUUGGAGCAGACAGACAGUUCAGGGUGUUUUUCAAUUACAGUGACAUUAUAUUAGGCUACAUAAGGAGAGACUCAUAAGUAAAAUAGGGCAAGUGUUCUGUAAUGAUGAUGAUCAUGACCUGUAAAUUACAUGAUGAUGCCAUUGCUAGUAUAAAGCUUACUCAUGAACCACAGUUUCAAAUACACUAAACCAAUUGGUAUUCACAGACCACAAGACAAGUAACCUACACAGUCAGAUUUUUUCCACAAUCAAGUUUUUGAGAUCAGCUUGAAAAAUGUAAACCAGACGUUCACCCACUCACCAAUAUGUCCAAAUAUCAAUAUGUUCUGAUAGACUUAGUGAAAUGUUACAUAAGCGUAUCUGUGUCUUACUUUCAAAGUACUUGUCAGACUGAAACAUGUUAUUCCCACAGUAACAGGUCAGGUAGUUUCUAGUAACCUCUGGUGCUAGUACAUUUUCUCAUGUGAACGGCACCUAUUUUGUGCCAGUGUCUGGGCCACUGCUUGGUGUCGUCUGGACCACUGUUCCCCCUUUAUGACUCAUUCUGAGGACUUUCAGAGCCUUGUUUCUACUACAGAAGACUUUGAUUAGUACUCUUCAGUAGUUUCAGCCUUUGGUUGCCAAUUGUAUUAAUUCAUUCAUGAGUAAUUCAUUCAUGAGUGAAUGAUUGAAGGACAAUUAAUAAAUGAAUGAAGGAAGAUUGGAAGGAAGGGAGGAUGGAAGGAAGGAUCAAUGGAUCGAUCUUCUCUAGGGGAAAGCUAGAGGAGAUUUUGGCCAGUCUCACCAGCAUAGACCCCAUCUGAAUGGAACUGGAAGCAUGAAUCACUCCCCACCUCCAGCUGCUGAGGAGAAACAGAUAUGUUGUUUAGGUCUGACGUUAGAGUUAUUUUCCUUCUACAACGGGAUGCAGAGUGUAUCUGUGUCUGUGUACAGCAGGCCAAUUGAGUUAUGCACCGUAGUAGUAGUGAUGGGCUCCCGGAAGAGUUGUAGGUUUUAACAGUUGUUCCAGGGCGUAUGAAAGGCAAAUGUGUGUAUUCGAGUGUCUUGGUAUAUCUCGCCUGCCCACACCUUCUCUGUCUGGUUGGCAAUGAUGGUGUGUGGGAUCCCACUAAUGGAACAAUUAUGACUCCAUGAGCUCAUAGCCCUGCUCUAGUUUCUGUGUUCUCCACGGGUUCUAUGUGUUUACUAAAACCUCCUAGAGAGUUCAAAUAGAAUUACGUUACCUGUCUGUUUAUGUGAGUUGAUGAAUGAAUGAAAUUAAUAGUUUUUUCCUUUGAUGUCAUUUCUCUAAUUUAGUGGGUAAACCACACAAGUGUGACUACUGUGGGCGGAGCUACAAACAGAGGACGUCAUUGGAGGAGCAUAAAGAGCGCUGCCAUAACUACCUUCAGAGUGCUGGCAUGGAUCCCACCUCCAACACUGGGCCUUAUCCAGGUGAGUGUGAAUGUCCUGCUCUGGUACAGAGACCUGCUAUAUGGUAUCUCUGUUGAUGGCAUGGACUCAGAAACAUUUGCUUUUUCUUUGGCACCUUUUUUACACCUUGCACUUGAACCUUUUAUCAUUUAUCAUUUAUAAUUUAGGUAUGGAGUUAAAUUAAAGAUAAUUUUAGCUUCUCUUCCUCCUUCCUUUUUAUGGUUUGUGUGAGUACCCUGUGAACUCUACUUAUGUUACUUUUACACACCAGCCACCUACUACCUACAAGCCUUGGCGCAGACCUCACACACACUCACACACUCUCAUGCUCUGACUCCUGACCCCCAGGUGAGGUCCCUAAAGAGCAGAGGCCCCUGGUAGAGGCCGCUGCCAUGGCAACAUUAAACCGGCCACCUGUCAUUGAGAAACUGCAGAGUAACGUAGGGAAGAGGAAGAGCACCACUCCACAGAAGUUUGUGGGUAAGCAUCAUUGCAUCACUUCCUGUCUGGGGGCACCAUAAUGUGUUCACCGUAAGGACCCCUAACUCACAAUUAUUAAUAGUAGGUUAGAUAAUUAUUGUAUAUUUUGUAAUUUUUCUUUAGAAUAAUAAUUAUGUAAUUUUCAUAAUUAUGGUAUUAAGGGUAUCAGUAGGGUAUUUAGUUAAUCCCAUUUUGGGAUUGAAUUUGACCUGUUCUGUUGGAUUAAAUUCAGUCUACAGUUUCGACUGUUUAUUUGUUAUGUUCAGUUUAACAGAACUGCAACAAAAUGAGUGUAUGCAUGCAAAAAAUGAAUUGAAUUGCGUGCCUGGGCAGAGGUACAUUGAAACCAUGAUACUGUUGUUCAGCAACUAACAGAUGACCUUGACUAAACGGUAGAAAUUAAGACACUAUUCACAUACUGCACACUUUUGUUGGAUUAAUGUACAAUUUCAAAUUUCAGAUCCAGUUGUUCCACUCUGAAUAUUUCUCAAUCUUUUUCAUUUUUAAUUUUAACAUUUUUGAUAAUUAUUGAAAUACAUUAAUAAAUACAUUUGUUUUGUAUUACGAAACAAUUGUUACAGUGUUGUAAACAUUUUGUUGGCAUAUAACCGCCAAUUUUUGCAUUUUAGUGCUGAAGACAAUUAUUUUGUUUUUAUUAUUUACUGCACUAUUAGAUAGAGAAGAAGAGAUAGAGUGAGACACAGAGAGCGGAUGAGAGAGACGAGGACAUGUUUUUCACUCUGUGGUUUGUUACACCUGUAUCUCUGCAAUAGCUCUUAUCGAGAGAAGAGCAAAACAGCUCACCGCAUCCCUGUUUUGGAGGGGUUAAACAGUGCAUUCAGAUGGAUGGGGCUUUCCACUAUUAAACAACACAAGAGAAAAUACAAUAAGAUGAAAGCAAGAGAAAAGGAAGUGUACUUUGGUAAUGCUUAGCUUAUUAAAAAUGGAAAGGUUAGACGCACACAAAAUUAAGGCACUCUUUCAUAUGCUAUAGAGUUACAGUUGUAUGUAUUCUGUACUAUCCAGUGAUGUCAUUCGACUGGACAAUUUCUCCUACGGUGAGCUUAUGCAUAUGUGAGUUUCAUUGUGGUAAUAUGCAAGCUGUGCUCUGCAGGUGAGAAGAUGAUGCGCUACAGUUACCCGGAGCUGAGCUAUGAGAUGGGUCUGAAGUAUGAGAAAGAGGCAGAGCUGAUGCAGGCUCACAUGAUGGACCAGGCUAUCAACAACGCCAUCUCUUACCUGGGCUCUGACUCCCCGAGGCCCCUGGUCCACCACCCCCACCCCCAUGGUCCCCACCGUCCACAGCCGUCCCUUUCUAUGGCUGAGGUGGUACCCAUGGUCAACCCCCUCUUCCACCACGUCUACCCUCUUGGGCCAGAGCUGCGUAUGGACCGACCGGGUAGCCGCAACGCCCCACCUCAUCCUUCACCUCUGCCCCCUCCUCCCCCUGACUUCCAUCCCUCCUCCAACGGGCCGAUCGCCCUUACCAGACCCAAGCAGCACCACCCCCAGGGUACCAGAGAGGAAAAAGAGUCUCCUAGCAACAGUGGGCUAGACUCGGCUGACUCCGCCCGGAGCAGCCCACAGGAUAGGCUGGGUUACCACUGGAACAACCCCCACCACCGUCCCAGAUCCAGCCCAGCAUACGGCGGCAGAGAGGAGGGGCGAGGCGUGGCUGAGAUGGCCCAGGGAGGGGCGGCAGAGAGGCCUAUGAGUCGGGAAGGGGUGCGUGUGUUUGGGCGAGAGGGGCGGGAGAUGAGGGUAUUCCAGUGUGAACACUGCCGCGUUCUCUUCCUGGACCAUGUCAUGUACACCAUCCACAUGGGUUGUCAUGGUUACAGGGACCCGCUGGAGUGCAACAUCUGUGGCCACCGCAGUAAGGACCGCUAUGAGUUCUCAUCUCACAUCAUCCGUGGGGAACACACCUUCAACUAG